GUUAAUGAUAACAACAGGCCAAAUUGCAGACGUUGGCAGGUGAGUCCGGGUCCGGUUCCGCCCUCAGCUGAUGACGCUUCUCGUGCCUGACGUGCAGGAAGUUCGGUUUAAGGAUUUGACAGAACCGGAUCUGGUCUCCGAAGAGCUCCAGCAUCUGGAACAGAGAUCAUCAACCCGCCUCAGACCGAAAAAAAGGAUCCCGGUGGACAAAGGAGCGGUUCAAGCGAGGUCUAGUUCCGAUCGGAGACUGUGGUUCUUUGACCAGAACCAGAACUGGCCCUCCUAGGAUUAUCUGGCCUGACAUCACCGGGAUGAAUCAUCUUCAUCUUGCUCAUCACCAGGGUGGUUCGGAGAUGCUGUAACGGAACCUUCAGAAUAGACCUGCGAGGCCCAACGCAGGUGGUCCGGUCUGACUAAACCCGGUUCGGCUCUAUGAUGGAGGAGAUCCUCCGAAAGCUGCAGAAGGAGGCGUCCGGUCACAAAAACAAAGGGAUCCGAGACGCGUGCGGGUUCGCCUGCGAAACUCUGGAGUCUCACAACGAAUCAACCAGGAUUUCCUCCUCACAGCUCCGAGGACGAUGUCUGCUGCCUCUCCAGAUGGCUCUGGAGUCCAGGAACACCAAACUGGGACAGACAGCUCUGGCUGGCAUGCAGAAGCUCCUGUGUGAUGACCGGUUCCUGGGCGGGGUUGGGUCUGAGGUGGAGCUUCUGGAGAAACAGUUGCUCAGCCAGAUGUUGGAGGCUCUCAGAGUCACGCCCACUCUCCAUGAGGACCUGCAGGUGGAGGUCAUGAAGGUCCUGCUGUGCAUCACCUACUCACCAAGGUUUGACAUCAACGGAGAAUCCAUCCUGCGGCUCUCUCAGGUGUGUAUUGAGACCUACAUGUCCAGCUGUCACCAGCGCAGCAUCAACACAGCAGUGAGGGCCACGCUCAGCCAGAUACUGGGAGACCUAACGCUACAGCUGCGGCACAGACAAGAGGGUGCAGAAGGUGAUGAAGUGACUGCAACGCCUCUGCAGAAAAAAGAUGUUUCCCCCACCAGCCAGGCUCUGUGGGAAGAUGUGGUGACAGUUCUGACAGUUUUCUGUGAAAAGCUGGAGUUUGUGGACAGUGACAAUCAGCUCCUGCAGCUGCUGUACCUGGAGUGUAUCCUGUCCAUGCUGAGCAGCUGUCCUCCCACUAUCCACCUGUCCAGAGGUUUCACCGACCUUGUGUGGAAGCAGCUGUGUCCAUCACUGGUGGCUAUCAUGGGGAACCCGAUUAACGAUAAAACCAUUACCUCUCACCACGGCUUCAUUGGGGCACCAAACCGAGACCGGACCUCAGAGAGACUCAGUCAAGGAUUCAGCCAGGAGGUGGACUGCUCUGGUGGCGGAGUAUCUGAUCAAGGCAGAGGCUCUGGCUGCUCCUCUAAUGCCCCUGCCAGGAUAGCUCCUGUUGUUCGGACGGUUUGUUACAUCGCGGCUGAACUAGUACGUCUAGUGAGCUGUGUGGAGUCGAUGAAACCGGUCCUCCAGUCACUGUACCACAGGAUCCUGCUGUACCCACCCCCCCAGCACCGAACUGAAGCCAUCCGCAUCAUGAAAGAGAUUUUAGGCUGCCCUCAGCGGCUCUAUGGCCUGGUCGGACCCUGUGCAGCUGAGCCUGAAACCAGGAAGCGCUCCUUCUCAAAGAGGAAAUCCUACCUGGACCUGUUGAAACUAGUGAUGGAUGGGAUGACUGAGGCUUGUAUGAAGGGUGGCAUCGAGGCCUGUUACUCCUCCGUUUCCUGUGCCUGUGCUCUUCUUGGAGCUCUGGAUGAGCUGUCUCAGGGCCGCGGUGUCACACCUGAGCAGGCUCAGCUCCUUCUCAGGAGAAUGGACGACCUGAAGGAGGGGUCUGAGUCCACCCGGGAGUCCAUGGAGAUCAAUGAAGCGGACUUCAGGUGGCAGAGACGCAUCCUAUCCUCAGAGCAGUCCCCGUGGGACCACAGCUCCUCCUCCUCCAACAUGGCGACCGCCAGGGCCAGUGAACGCAGCCCUGACAUCAGCAUCAGCAUCACUACGGAAACGGGACAAACCACCUUGGACUUGGAGAUGGGGGACCUGGGCCUGGGGGAGGGCCACACCACCCCAGAGGCGCUCUGCCAGGACCCUUGCUUUCAUUCUUCUCUCUUUGGAGGUCAGGAGGGCACCAAAUGUGACAUGAGCCUCCGUGAUAAAGGAAGAGAGAGGGAGGAGGGGGGAGGCAGUAUGAGAGAGGUUGAAGUUCAAGGAGAAAAAGUAAAAAGAGAUGCAGAAAGAGGAGGAGUUGUUCCUCCUGAUGUGGUACAGAGGAGUCAUGCACUCAUUUAUCCUGACAUUACCAACUUCCUGUCAGUAGAAUCCAGGACGAGGUCCCAUCAUGGUGGCUCCCGGUACAGCGAAAGCAACUUCAGCAUGGAGGAGCAGGAAUUGUCUCGAACAGAGCUUGACUCAUGUGAUCAGUACUCCAUGGCUGCUGAGAAGGAUUCCGGACGCUCCGACGUGUCCGACAUUGGCUCUGACAACGUCUCUCUAGUUGAUGAGGAGCAGCAGACGCCUCGGGACUGCCCGGGCCACCGCUCCCUACGCACUGCCACCCUGUCCCUCAAACUACUCCACAACCAGGAGGCCGACCAGCAAAGCGCCAGGCUGUUUAUCCAAUCCCUGGCCGCUCUGCUGCCCCGCCUGCUGGGACUGACUACUGCCCCUGAGGUGGACCUGGCGCUGCAGAACUUCUCCUCCAGAUCCUGCUCUGGAAUGCAGGCUGGUGGGAUCCAUUCUCCUGGUUUUGAAACGAGCAACUCUCUGAGCUGCCAGUCUCUGAUGAAUGCCGACGGGCUCUACCUGGUGUCGUACUACUCUCUGCUGCUCAGCCUGAAGCUGUACUACUCUGACUACUUCAGAUGCAGAGAGCUUCCCCCGGGCAUCGGCCUGAAGGAGUUUGUGCAUGUGAUCCAGAGCAGCGGCGUGCUGGUGGUCCUGUCUCAGGCCUGGAUUGAGGAGCUGUACCAGCAGGUGUUGGAACGGAACCUGCUGGCCGAAGCUGGGUACUGGGGCUCUCCAGAGGACCGGACCCUUCCACUCAUCACCAUGCUGACAGAAAUUGACGGGCUGGGCAGCAGCACAAUCGGAGGUCAGCUGAUCAGAAGGCCAUCCAGCCAAUCAGCACUCAGCAGUGAGAAGUCAAGCCGUGAUGCCAUGGCAGCAGGAUCAGUGUUCUCUCGUUUCAUCCUGACUGGCGUGUGGAAGAACCUGAUCGAUGUUCUGUCCACGCCGCUGACGGGCCGCAUGGCGGGCAGCUCCAAGGGUUUGGCCUUUAUCCUGGGAACAGAGGGGCUGAAAGAGCAGAGCCAAAGAGAGAGAGACACCAUCUGUCUGAGUUUAGAUGGACUACGGAAAGCUGCUGCACUCAGCUGUGCUCUGGGUGUUGCUGCUAACUGUGCUUCAGCUUUAGCCCAAAUGGCUGCUGCUUCCUGUGUGCAGGAGGACAAGGAGAAGGAGGUGGUCGAAGUGGGAGGCACCAUCACACAGGUAAAGCAGCGUAUAGAGCAGAUCAGAAUGCCUCCGGGCAUUCGUCUCCACACGGCUCACGUCUUGUGCAUGGAUGCAAUCCUACACGUGGGGCUGGAGAUGGGCAGCCACAACCACGACUGCUGGCCACAUGUCUUCAGAGUGACUGAGUACAUCAGCUCCCUGGAGCACACACACUUCAGUGACGGUUCCUCACAGACGUCCUCUCUCACCACCAUCACACAGCAGAACCAGCAGGCGGCUGGCAUCGACCAGGGCCUGGAGCUGAGCUGUGAGCCUAGUUCAGACGCUGGAGAACUAGGCCUUAGCCAGCCUGUCAUCCAGCCAUUGUCCAUUCAGGAGCUGCUGAAGGAGAGCAGCAGGGGGGGUCGUGGUCUUGACCUGAAGAGUGGCAGCCUGAUGACUGGAACAAGCGCCGCCAAGGCUGUGUGCAUGCUGUCCACGCAGGUAGACAGGUUAUUUGAAGAAGCAGUUACGAAGCUGAACUUGGUCAGUCUGGUUGGGUUCCUGCAGCAGCUCAGAAAAGCUUCUCAGUCGCAGCUGUUUGACUCUGUUACAGAAACUGGAGAUUACUCUCUGGCAAUGCCAGGAGAAGCCAAGUCCACGUUGGACCGACGCUGCGCUCUGCAUCUCUUUCGUCUGGGUGAGGCCAUGCUCCGGGUCGUCAGGAACAAGAACCGGCCCCUGCUGCACAUGAUGAGGUCCUGGAGCGUGGUGGCGCCCCAUCUGGUGGAGGCUGCAUGUCACAAAGAGCGCCACGUGUCCCAGAAGGCCGUUUCCUUCAUCCAUGACGUGCUGACCGAGGUCCUGACGAGCUGGGCUGAGCUGCCUCAUUUCCACUUCAACGAGGCACUCUUCAGACCUUUUGAGCACAUCAUGCAGCUUGAGCUGUGUGACGAGGAUGUGCAGGACCAGGUGGUGACAUCAAUCGGCGAAUUGGUGGAGAUGUGCUCCCCCCAGAUCCUGUCGGGUUGGAGGCCCCUGUUCAGCGCUCUGAGGACCGUGCAUGGCAGCAAGACAGACACCAAAGACUACCUGCUGGGGGAGUAUUCCAUGGGCCAGUCCCAGGCGCCGGUGUUCGAUGUCUUUGAGGCAUUCAUCAACACCGACAACAUCCAGGUCUUUGCCAACGCAGCCACCGACUACAUCAUGUGCCUGAUGAAGUUCGUGAAAGGCUUGGGAGAAGUGGACUAUAAAGAGAUUGGAGACUGUGUUAACAUGUCCGGUUACUCCUCCACCGACCUCUGUGUUCCUGCUCUCGACUACCUGCACAAAUGUUCACAGCUGCUUGCAAAGAUCUACAAGAUGCCAUCCAAACCAGUGUUUCUUGGCGCUCGGCUGGCGAACCUGCCACAGCAGCGCUCCAUCAGCAGUGAGGAUGAGGUCGACUGCUUCAUCCAGGAGUUUGAUGAUGACACAGGUCUAAUUCAGGUGUGGAUUUUAUUACUGGAGCAGCUCACGGCCGCCGUGUCAAACUGCCCCCGACAGCACCAGCCUCCAACCCUGGAGCUGCUCUUCAUCCUGCUCAGAGAGGUCACCAUUGUACCAGGUCCCGGUUUUGCCAUCUUUGCUGUCAUCCAACUCCUACUUCCUGUGAUGUCAUUAUGGCUGCAGCGUAGUCAUGGCGACCACUCAUACUGGGACAUGGCAGCGGCAAACUUUAAGCAUGCGAUCGGCCUGUCAUGUGAGCUGGUGGUGGAGCACAUCAACAGCUUCAUUCACUCAGACAUCGGGCACGAGUCUCUGAUCAACCUGAUGCUAAAGGAUCUCUUCAAGCUGCUGGUGGCUUGUGUUUCUGAACCAGCAGAGACCAUAUCCAGAGUGGGCUGUUCCUGCAUCAGGUACGUGUUGGUCACUGUGGGUCCCGUCUUCACAGAAGAAAUGUGGAGGCUGGCCUGCUGUGCUCUGCAGGAUGCUUUCUCUGCUACGUUAGAGCCUGUGAAGAACCUCCUAGCGUGUUUUCACAGUGGCUCAGACAGUUUUUCUGGAGAUGCCUGUGAGGUGAAAGUGGCGGCUCCGUCUCAUUCUCCGUCAGCUGAAGCAGAGUACUGGAGGAUCAGAGCCAUGGCUCAGCAGGUCUUCAUGUUGGAUACCCAGUGCUCUCCAAAGACUCCAAACAACAAGGAUGGCUUUGAGCAUGCUCAGUCCUGUGUGCUCAUCAUUGAGCUGCCAUCUGACCAGCAGUCCAAUGGACACGCUCAGAAGAGGAUCCCGUUCCGGACCAUUGUGGUGAGCCUGCUUUCCCACCAGGUUCUGCUCCAAAACCUCCACGACAUUCUGCUGGAGGAAUUUGUCAAGAAUCCCGAAGGCAGCGAGAGGAUCACUCCUAUGACCUCCGACCCCGGCAGACCCACAGCCAGCUUCCUGCGCUACAUCUCCAUGACAAACCUGGCCAUAAUCCUGGACCUGCUACUGGACUCUUACAGGACGGCACGCGACUUCGACACCCGGCUGGGUUUGAAGUACCUGCUGAUGAAGGUGUCAGGUGUUUGCGGAGCAGCUAAUCUGUACCGUCAGUCCGCCAUGAGCUUUAACCUGUAUUUCCAGGCACUGCUGUGUGCCACGUUGAGUCAGGCUGAAAGCAUGACAGCUCAGCAGGUGAAGAGGAUCCUGUAUGAGGAGGAGGGGAGCUCCGACUCCUCUCAUCCUGGAUCCGCCUCCUCCGAGGAUGAGGAUAUCUUUGAAGAAACAGCACAGGUCAGUCCCCCUCGCGGUCGGGAGAAGCGCCACCCCUGGCAGGCGCCAGUCCCAUUGCUCAGCGUUCAGCCACUGGGCAGCGCUGACUGGGCCUGGCUCGUCAAGCGUCUCUACAAAGUGUGCAUGGAUCUGUGCAACAGCUACAUCCAGAUGCACCGGGACCUGGAGAGUACUCUGGAGGAGACACCACUCCCCAGAGGAGGAAGAGGAGAUCACGUCUUCCUCUUGCCUCUGUUCCAGUCUGAGACUUCCACACCAACGUCAGCAGGUGGGCUCUCAGCGAAGGGGACACCCUUAGAGGAAGGAGGGUUCAGGUGUCAGGGGAUGGACCUGAGUUCACCUGGAGAAACACAUACACAGAGUCCCAGUUUCAGCUUCACAGGAAGUUUGCCUCAUCACUUCCAGAUCAGUGGAGACAGGAGGGACUCCAUUACAGCGGGAAGCUCGGUGGGAGGAGCUUCCAGCACAGGAAGGAGGAAGGAAUGGUGGGAAAGUGCCGGAAACAAACUGUACACCAUCGCUACAGACAAAACCAUCAACAAGCUGAUGAUGGAAUACAAACGCAGGAAGCAGGCACCACAGCAGGUUCAGCAGAGCCACAUCAACCUAUUCAUGAAGGAGCAGGGUCGGGCGGCAACAGGAGACAGGAGGGACCCCGUGGAGCUGCAACGGCCCCAGCAGCUGGUGGAUCAGCAGGGGCCCCCUCUGAGGCACUCAGUCAGUGCAGGGCCUGAGGUGCUGAGGCAGGAGAAAAGGCCACGGUCCGGCUCUACCAUCAGCUCCCAUAGCAUCUCUCUGAAAGACUCAGAAGCUAAGAUCCAGGCCUGGACCAACAUGGUGCUGACCUUGCUGAACCAGGUUCUCCUUCUGUCCGACUCGUCUUUCCUGGCCCUGCAGCCGGUGUUCUAUCCCUGCCUCAGCCAGCUCUCCUGUCAUGUGACCGACAGGCGCGUCCGCCACGCCCUGAGGGAGUGGCUCAGCCGUGUUGGCAGACUCUAUGACAUCAUUGUGUGACAUCACAGCGAUGGAGGCUGCUUAGUGGAGGACAGGCAGGAAGAGACGGUGUUUUGUGGUCCUGCUGAUGUCUGUUUACUGAUCAAUCUGUUUGUGAAUGUUUCUGCUGUUGUUCCUCUUUAAACCACGCUCUCAUCAACCCAUAGCUCCAUGAUGAUCAUCAUAAUUCAUUCAUUCUGAUAUGAAGGUUUUUUUGUUUUUAGAUUUGCUGCUAGUUUUCUUUGUGCAUUGCUGAGUAUUUUGGUGUCAGGAAGACAAAGUCAGAUUUCUCUUCUGUGACUGAGACGCUUUCCUUCUGCAUGUCCAGACUAAAACCAGCUCAUUUCCUUUGUAACGGGACUAAAGCUCCUUGAGGUGCCUUUAGGUUGGUUUAACCCUCCCACUGUCUUUAUAAGUGACCCCGCGAGGAAAGUUGAGGUGGUGCUUACUCCUCACCCUUCCCACAUGGACCCAAGGGAUAAACCAUCAAUCCUGCUCAAUGGUCAACUUUCCUUGCGGGGUCACACCCAUCAGGACAGUGGGAGGGUUAACUGCUUCUGUUCAGCCACGUUUGUCCAAUAGAAAAAGGACUGAACGGAAUCAAAUAUUUUAUUAGUUAAUUUUCUUUGGAAUAAGAUUGAGAUGAAAAGGAUGAAAUGUAAUCAGCUAAUGUUUAAAGGUGUCUCUGUGUAAUGGUCUUCUGUGCUGCAGCGUCUUUCAGUUGAAUCGUCUUAUUUAUUUUAGCCAAAUUCACCUACGUGGUAGACGUAGUUAAAGACUAAGACUCUCUUUUCCUUCUGUUUGUGUCGGAAUGUUUCUGCUUGUGUUUCAGCUGAGACCCUCUGUGUCCUCAUGAUGAACAGCAGCUCAGACACAACUGGUACAAACAUCUUUGAGUCCUGAAUGAGUGUCUUCAAAUAAAAUAAAACCAAAUACUGUGGAAACAACA